AUGCGGGAGAAUGUCACGGAUCUAAGGGGGAAUCUUGAAUCCCACAUUGAACAUAAUAGGAGGGUAGCCUUUUACAUGACAAUAACAGUGUUGUGUUUUGAUGUCAGAUCAACAAAUCAGAGUCAAGAAUAUCUAAAUGGAGAAUUUUUAAAGCCUAUAACAAGCCAACCUUUGUUUUCAUUCCCCUGGUGGGGGAAUCAUCCUGUCAACGUACAUCAGUACGUGUAUGAAGUUUUGAAUAACUUCUUCUUAAGUGGCAAAGUGCAAAUUCUUUGUAUUAUAAAAGUUAAUGACAUUCCUCUGAUUUGGCUAGGAACCCCACUAAUCCAGCACAAAGGACAGAAUCCUAUAAAAAAGAAGCAACUAAAAGGACCCAUUGAGAAAAAGACUAAUCCUAAUAAAUCAGAUCAAUCAGAUAAGAUAGCACUCAAUGAUAAGGAAGAGGUUAUCAUUGAAAAAAAAAAGGUUAAAACCAAUGUUAGUGAGGUUAGGAAAAGUCUCAAUCAAUUGGGCGUUUUAGUUACCCUAAAAAGGGUAGUUUCAAAUUUCAAUGCAAUGGUGGUGGCAUCAAAAGACAAAAAAUUGGCCAAUGCAGUUCAGCAGCUAUUGGCUUCCAGUUAUUUAAGGAUCAGCACUUCAAGUGAUGUUACAGGGGUCGAAAUUGCAGGUGCUCUGAAGAAUGUUCUUGCAAUAGCUGCUGGGAUUGUAGAUGGUAUGAAUCUUGGUAACAAUUCCAUGGCAGCUCUUGUAGCACAAGGUUGUUCUGAGAUACGGUGGCUAGCAACGAAGAUGGGUGCAAAGCCGGCGACAAUUACUGGUCUGUCUGGAACUGGAGACAUUAUGCUUACAUUUGUAAAUCUUUCAAGAAAUAGAACAGUUGGAGUUCGUCUUGGAUCAGGGGAGAAGCUCGAAGAUAUACUCAGUUCCAUGAAUCAGGUAGCCGAAGGUGUGUCAACUGCUGGAGCUGUGAUUGCAUUAGCCCAGAAAUAUAAUGUUAAAAUGCCAGUCCUGACAGCCAUUGCUCGGAUUAUUGACAGUGAGCUAACCCCAAAAAAAGCUGUUCUUGAAUUAAUGAGCCUCCCUCAGGUUGAAGAAGUUUGAAACCUACUGUUCUUGUCAAGGAAGCGGGAUCAUGUAGCCAGGACCUGAUUGUCAUUUACCUUAACUUUUUUAUUUUUUAUAUAUAAAAUACAUUUCCCUCAUAUUAUGCCUAAAUAGUAGGAAGUAAAUUACCCAUUGGAGAAAUUUGUUAGAUGAUUUAUUUUGCAAAGUGGGGGAUUUUGUUGCUGACAAUAAAUUUAGCUUUAAGCUGAUUCUU